AUGCAGGUUCUUCUACUUAGUUUUCUCAGACUUUAUUCCUUAGGAAUAUGUUCAGGAUUUGAGCUAAAACACACCGAUGGAGACAGCUUAAAAUAUCUAUCACAUAGGAAUGCUGGUGUUCCAUCAAAUUCAUUUGUUGAUCCUGGAUCUGGAGGGCCCAGUCAGCAAGAUCUUGGAAAGAUGCCAGCCCAUUCACCAGAAGAUAUUUAUACAGAUUAUGAUUGGUACAAUGAUCUUGUACAACCAAAACUUGAAGACACAUAUGAUGGUCACACUCAAUCAUGGGAUGGGUAUUUCAAUUCUCAAGACCACUCAAAUUUGCUUUUUUAUCCACCAUAUCACCAAGGAAUGAAUACCAACCCACAAAUGGGUCAGACCAAUUUAUUGUCUUCAAGUGAGCCCAAUAGUCUCACAGGAGCCUUUGAGUCAACUUAUUCUGAAUUAUCCAUCACAGAAUCGAAUCAGAUUAAACAGAAAACAGUUGACCAAAUAUACACAAACCAGACCCCUCAAAUAAGUAGGGUUCAUUUUCCUGAAUCAGAACUUGGAAAUUAUGGCUUCAGUGAUUCAAUGCAUCCUCAUGGUCAACUUCCCUCAGAGAUAAUUGGAAUGGACAACCCUUCAUACAAAAAUCAGUGUUUUAAAAUGCCUGAGGACUACAAUCCAUGCAAUUCCAUAGAACAAGCACACCCAGCUUUCCCAAAAUUGAGUCAAAUUACUUAUGAUGAGAUACUUUCUGGCUAUUUGAAUGGGCUCCCAAUGCCAAGUAGUCACCCUAGCUCUUCAUUCAGUCUACCAAUUCCAAAUCACAGAACACUUAUUUAUCCAGAUGCACCACUUCUUGAGUGCUUUGAAAAUUACAACAAACUUUUUGGCCCAAAAACCUGGACAAAUCCAACCCUCAUUCACCCACACAGAGCAGAAGAGGGGUUACCCUUCAGACUUACCUUGCAGGAAAGGCUUUCUUCAAGCAGUUCUCAGCUAGUGGAUUCAAUGCAAGAACGAAGAACUCCAUAUAUCUCAGAAGAUUUAAGCUCCAAUACACAUCAACAGAGUGGCAAUAGAGAGUACAAUGGAAAUUUUGAAGGAUAUCAAGAGACUUUGAAUGAGGUAGGUACAGAGAAUCUAGAUCCUGGGAAAAACCCAGUCUUCCACAAAAGGAAAGAAGUAUGGGAUCUUACAUCAGACAAAACCAAGAUAAUAAAGCUCACAAAUGACCAGUUUCCAAAUAUCAGGAGUAAAAAGUACAAGGAAGUGCAAAGAGAUUCAAAUUCUUUGUCUCAAAUAAAUGAUGCAGCUGUCACUGCAGUACAAAAAAACUAUGCCCAUGACAUUCCAAUUGGUCAUGCUCAAGUUUCACACAUUGGAAGCCUUGAAUAUGUAGAAUGUGGUGGUGGAAAUAAAAGAGCUCAAUUUUGCAGGCUUCAAAGUGUUGGGACUCAAGCUGUGGAUAGAUCCCCAACCCUUUGCUACAAAGUUUAUGAGUGGUUUCUUGAUUUAUACCGCAAGAUGGAGAUGAGAUUCAAAGGAGAAAUCAAGAGCAAGAAGAUCCACUUGGCAGUGAAAAACGCAUUAUAUGGAGUUGUGAUGCCAUUCCUUGGUAUACUCAAAGUCUUUGAGUAUAAUGACACAGGGAAAGAUGAAUUAGAAAGCCUCCUUGAGGAUGGUUGGACUUACAUGGAGAACUUCUAUGAUAAGUGGAAUGAUAAAGAAAUCUAUGUGACUGGCAAACUCAAUAAACACAAGGGGGGUAAAUGGUCUUUAGAUCCACAGUCUCAGCUCCUCUAUUUAAUAGCCAGAGCUUAUACCAAGGAUCUGUCAGUCAAGAUGGUACAUGAGAUGGCAAUUGAAUUUGCAAAACAUAGAGAAAAUUCCAAAAUUCCAAAAAGAUUCUUGACCACAGAUUGGGAGAAAGUGUUAAAUGUAUACAACACUGAUUCUAUUUCAAUGGAAGGUGGUCUGUAUGGAAGAGGUCAAAUUCGAAAUUAUUCUUUCCAAGCAGCAGACAAGUUAUUAAGACUCAAUUCAAAGGAGAGAAAACCAUACAGCAAGACAGAAAUGGCAUCAUUUGCUUCCAAAGCUGCUCAGUUCCAUACACCAAUUGGUAGAGAGAUGUGUAAGGAUGUUCACAUCUUCUUCGAGAACCUCAACCACAAGCUACAUGUUUUGUACAACGACAAGGAGAUAUACCAAUCUGACCAGCUACUACAGCCGGAAGAUAUUAAGAUAUUGAAAAACAAACAUGAAAUGAACACUGCUCAGAUCAUCAAAGGAGUCAGUAUGGCACAGUACAAACUCACUGUGGUAUUUAUUGGUCUCAUAAGGGCAUUUAAUGAGGAUUUUUUAUCAGAAGAUCAAAUUCAGCUUCUAUUAAUAAAUGCAUGGGAUUUCCUCAAGAAAGAAUUUUCUCAAUGGGAGAGAUUUGAUUUCCAGGCUGAAAACCAUCCAUACUUAUUCAACCAUGAUGAAAAUUCUGUCAAGCUCAAUAUAAAUGACCUAGAUCGUCCUGAAGCUAUGUUUAGAAAGCUAUCUGGAUUUUCCAAUAGCUAUGGUGUCCCACGUUCCUGUGUUGUUCAUUUACUUAAAUCUUGGAUUGAGCAUAUACAAAGAAUAAAAUCUGGCACAGAGAACUCCCUAGAUUUCCCAGUUCACUCAUUCCCUGCACAGCCCUUCAGUACCUGGAAAUCAUACCUCAACAAACUCUGA